CCACACUGGGAUCAAUUCCAUCUUCACGUCUGACUCACUUGGGAGAUGUCGUAGCUUAAAAUUAACCUUUUUAUUCUUUUUUUCUUUUUUGCUGCAAACUUGGUGUUUAGGAACAGCCUGUUCUUACCUACUACAUAUUACUACAAUUAAAUUGGAUGCACUUUUGUAACUCCGCUACAGAAAAUAGCUACUAGGUUUACUAGCUAAGGCUUUCCAUGCUUUGACGGUAGCCUUGGGUUUUUGAAUACUCUUCUCUCUCUUAAACAAAAGCCCUACAAUUGCUGACAUGUUUGCAAGUGUAGCUCUUAGCAGAGGCGUUACUGCCCACCGGCUAAGUAAGAAUGCCACGUUCUUCAUGAAUGAAGCAACAUUUGCAGUCCCUGGAUGCCGGAACCAGACCUCAGAACGUCACAAACCUCUGUUGCUGAUGUUACCGUGGUUGGGUUCACGUCCCCAAGCGCUGGUUAAGUACUGUGACAUCUACUUCAACACAGGAUUUGACGUGCUAGUAUUUGAGAGCGAGGUGCAAGGGUUCCUUUGGCCCCGCUGGGGUCUGGAACAUGGAAAGACAUUACUGGAGUUGCUGGAGAGCGAGCGCUUCGUGUCCCGCCCCCUGCUUGUUCAUGCAUUUUCAAUCGGUGGAUAUACCUUCUCUCAGCUCCUUGUGCAUGUGUCUAAGGAUACAGAUAAAUAUCAGGCAUUCACAGAAAGGAUCACAGGGCAGAUUUAUGAUAGCAUGGUGGCAGGAUCCCUUGAGCACAUGGCUAUAGGUUUGGGAAAAACUGUAUUUCCAAAGUGUGAGUGGUUGGUAAAGCAAACAGCCAUGUUUUACUUUGACAAGUUUAAAAGCCACACCGUGGACUACUUUGACAUAUGCUUGGAUGCGUUUUGGAAUACGCCCGUCACCGCUCCUGUGCUGAUGUUCUACUGUAACAACGAUCCACUGUGUGACCCACGAACUUUGGCGGACAUGGCCGGUUACUGGCGAGGGCGUGGAAUGGAUGUCACAGAAAAGAAGUGGGACAAUUCCAUCCACGCGGGCCACCUUAAGAGACACCCAGAGGAAUAUCUGUCCACACUUCGCAUAUUCCUCAGUUCCCUUGGUUUUACCCCGUUAAAGGCAAAGUUAUGAGGUAAAAUCCCAACAAUGUAAUGCAAGAGGAACUUGACUUCACUGUGCAUUAACCUCAAAUGUUUUAAGCUUUGGCUGGGCUGUAAUAGUAUAUCUUGAAUUUUUACACUAACUGGCGUGCGUAAUGAAGGUACAGUAACAGUUCAGUUUUAUUCAGAAUGAAGAUCACAUGUACUCAGGGUUUAUUUCAUACAGUUUCAUAAACAGUAAAGCAAAGCAUAUAAAGAAUAAAAUGCACUUUGGAUCACAAUGUUCGUGUACACCAAAGUAAACAAACAAAUAUAAAGUCUGACAUUUUUCUUUUAGGCAAGCAACUGUCUACUAACUUAAACUAAAUCAUGGAAGGGAAGACAAGUGCAGAAAAUAUUCCAAACUUAAAUUUCUCAUUUGAAAUGCUGGAACCAGCAUAAUUUGGCAUCUUCAUUUUACUAAAACAUAAUGGUUUGUCAGAACUGUUAAUCUACUGGUCACUACUGACAUUUUCAGUUAACUAUAUUUCUUUAAAAAUGUAUACAUCAUUGCAUUUUGCACAGUAUCUCAGCGUCUUUGGAAAUGGAGGGUUAUACAUUGAAGUUCCUAACUGUUCUUUGCCCCUCAAAAAUACAAUUUCCAAAUCAAAUGUGAACUUUGCUUUUUGCUUUUUUUUUAUAUUUGAGAAAAAAUGUAAACAGUCCAAAGAAUGAUGUGAACAGUGAUGGCCACAAGCAUGCAAGCUCCAAGUGCUUCUAUUUAUGAAACACGACAGGUCAAGAUGUGUGCUUGAUGUUUUAGUGUCUAAUGUUUGGAGUCACAUCUUUUGGUGCUUGCAUUAAUGGGUACAACUAGAGUUCAAAGUCAAAUGACAAAUCUCUGGUUUCAGCUUCUUAAAUACAAUCACUUGUUGCAUAUCUUUCAGAUUUUGAGCUACUGAAGAGAGGGGGGUGGAAAUUUUCUCAUGUUAAAGACAAAAGGCUAAUCAUUAGAAUGGUAAAGAGAUUAUUCAUUGUUACACAAAAUAUUUUAGUAGUUAAUUUGGUGGACAGCGCUGAGCACACGGAACAAACAAAAGAGGAGAAGUUCGCAUAGUUUUAGGUGAAACACUACAAAAUUUGAAAUGUGUAAAGCCUAAUUAACAAACUCAAGUUUCACAAGCACCAAGGUAAUUUUUUAUCAGUCAAGAUAUGUUCAGGGAAAACUCACACAAACCACCUGAAAUCUACUUUACCUUUUCCCUCUCAGUUAAGGGAUUUUUUAAGUGGCUAUGACAUUUCCUGGUGGUUGUUUAUGUUCUCAUCUCAGGAUGUAAAAACCCUUGAAUGAUUUUGAAAUUAAAACUGAACAUUUACUUUUCCUGUAGUGAUUUACAAGUAAAAGAAACUUUUUCUGUGCUUUAAAAAAACAGUUGAUGCAUGUGGUUGAGCUUCAGGGUUAAACUGCUGGUCCGAUUUUCAAUUUCCUGCUGAUAAGUACAGCAUGCUGUGUGCACUCAGAAGAAAAUGCAAUACUACUUGACAAAAACUUCUGCUGCAGAAGUUUUGCUUUUACACAUUUUUACACAAAACCUUGAAACUGCCUUAAAAAGCACCUGACUUGUUACUGCCACCAAGUCUAACAAGAACUAAGGUGAUUACAACAGCACAUUUUCAUGAAAGUAUAUAUUUGAUUAAUUUAGGUCGGUGUCUAUGUGUGUGUGUUAAACUAUACAGUUACCUCUAAGAAGGUGUUUGUAUUCUCAAUAUUCUUGAAAGAUGUGACCUGCUAAAAUUGGGAAAAGAAAUCUUAUUCAGUCAUUUCUGUUAAAACUUUUCAUAUGACUGACUUGUUGAA